CUUUUCUAUGGUCUGGUCGCAGUGAGAGAGCCGCUGUGUAUGUGUGAGUGCAGUGGGCUGCUGCUCCUCCUGAUGUCAGGCGCAGACAAGUGUGAGCAGGGAGAGAAAGAGAGUGCGUUUAAAGCAGCCCUCGGUGUUUCGUGUUCCCGCUUCAUCUGCCAGUGCGUGAAGUCACUGCGCCUCUGGAUACAGGAAUCGUCUUUCCUCCACCAGGACAAAUGUGGAUAGAAACAAUGGUUCGUUAGAAAAGAGUUCAAGGCGAAGUAAAGUAGAGAAGAAAGCAAGAGGAAGGAAAAUCAGUCUGCCAGAUAAAGCCAAUAUGAACCCCGUACGGAAAGACAUGGAGCUGCUGAGUAACAGCAUGGCUACUUAUGCCCAUAUAACAGAGAACAUGGAGAGCUUCGCACUGUACUUCAUGCUGGGUGUGUGUUCAGGUCUCCUGCUGGCCCUUGUCCUCCUCAUACUGGGCAUCGCCUGCCGGCCGCAGACAAGGACAAAAACACCCUCCUCAUCAGACAAGAGACGACUGAAAGAGUCCAGUGAGGAGGAGGAGGAGGAGGAAGACAAGGAAGAGGCGCAAAGUGAAGAAGGAGAUGAUGAGGACCUAGAAGUCCCAGUGGUCACCAUGAGUCCCUUGAGCGAUCAGACCCAGUUAAACGGAACCAUUAAGAGUGUGAACGUUUUUGCUUCGGCGGAGGAGCUGGAGAGAGCCAGGAGGCUGGAGGAGAGAGAACGGAUCGUCAGGGAGAUCUGGAGGAAUGGACAGCCAGAUAUACUCUCCACCGGCACAGGAACGCUCGGACGGGUUCACUAUCACUAGUAGCGUUUAGCGCACUGGACACAGUUGUUUCAGAUAUGGAAUGCCACAAAAGCUGGACAUUUAUCCGUCUAACAGAUUUGGGUGUAACGUACCUUUAAACUGGGACGGAUUGAGUACAAGCUUAAAAACGAGGCUUCCAAAGGGAGGUUUUUACAGCAACGCCAUCAAAGAGCCAUUUUGUAUUUCCCAGAGAAACCUUUUUUUUUAGAGUGAAGAACAAUACAUUUCCAUGGAUGUUAAAGGUUCUUCACUGAACCACUGACGCCAAUAAAACACUUUAUUUUUAAGUGUAGGCCUUCAUUUAAUCCCCAUUAU